UGGGUAGUACUGGCCAUGUUAGGCCUGAUUUUAUUUGUUGUUGCAGCCAUCAUCUAUUGGUCACCUCGACCUCAAAUCAAAAACUUGGACGAUAAAUAUGUUCUUAUUACAGGUUGUGAUAGCGGAUUCGGCCGAAAGUUAUCCAUUGAAUUAGAUCUAUGUGGUUGCAAUAUUAUUGCUUGUUGCUUAACUAAACGAGGUGUAGAAGAUUUAACAAGCAUAUGUAGUAAUCGUCUUUAUCCUAUCAUAGUCGAUGUGACCAACAGUGAUGAUAUUCAUCGUGCUGUCGAUCUCGUUGGAAAACACUUACCUAUGGGGAAAGGCUUAUGGGGUAUGGUCAAUAAUGCUGGUAUCGCAUCCACAGGGGCUAUCGAAUGGACACCACUAUCCAAAUUGAGACAAAUUUUCAAUGUUAAUGUUUUUGGUAUGGUUGAAAUGACCAAAGCAAUGCUACCGUUGAUUAAAAUCGAUCAAGGAAGAAUUGUCAACUUGGCGAGUAUGCUAGGCAGAUUUAGUGUGCCUUAUUCUGCAUCUUACAGCAUGUCCAAAUUUGCUGUCGAAGCCUUCUCCGAUUCAUUACGCCGAGAAAUGAAACUAUUCAAUGUAUCGGUACACAUUAUUGAACCUGGUUUUUUCAAGACUCAUAUAUUAGAUAAUUUAGAAGAUGAAUUCCUACAACUUUAUCAUAACUGUAAUAGCACAAUACGUCAAGAUUAUGGCGACCAUUUUGCAAAAGAAGGUGUCAAGAAAAUAACUGAAUUCAAUCGAUCCCGUGCUUCCAAUAAUAUCGCUAAAGUAACCAAAGCUAUCAAAAAUGCCUUAUUCUCCCCUAAACCUCGUGAACGAUAUCUGGUAGGUUUGGAAGCCAAUAUACUAUCCUUAAUGGCCUAUCUUCCGUCGUUCAUUAGUGAUCACAUUUUGUACAUCAGUGGACAAUUUCCUGCACCUUGUCGAGCUAUUUAAGCCAGUAUUCAUGUAUUUAUUUGUCCAUUCAAACGUUUCACUAUGAUUCUUGAGCAUUGUUUCAAAGUUCGACAUGUAAAAAGUUAAAAGUAAUCAUUGGUAUUCAUGAUAGUAGAAUGAAAGGAUGUUUUGUAUCUAGUCUAUGACAAUACUAUUCCAAGUUCAUAGAUAGUUCCUGUUAAAAAUGCACAUAGACUGCACUUUAUAAAUUCUUCUCUCUUUGACAAAAACUCAUGCACUGUUUACUGUUGCUAUUUUUUUUUUCUCUCUCUCUCUCUGUACAGUCAAAAUUUUACUAUUGGCUGUACAUGUGUACAAUAAAAG